AUGGCCGCCGCGCCCUCGCUGGCCACGCUGCAGAACCUUGUCCGGCGCGACCCGGAUGGCUACACCGAGGAGGUCGGCCGGCGGCUGCGCCACUUCCAGUCGCUGCUCGCGCUCGUCGAGCAGCAGCCGGGGAGCAGCCCGGCCGACUUUCUGCCGCUGCUGAGCUUCGUCUCGCACAUCGCGGCGUGCUUUCCGUCGCUGAUGGCCGACCUGCCCGAGGGGCUCGGCCGCCUCCUCGAGGAGCGCCACGACGUCCUCGAGCCCGCCGUGCGGCGCGCGCUGCUGCAGGCGCUCGUCCUGCUGCGGAACCGCGGGAUGGUCCCGCCGCUCGCGCUGCUGCAGCGGUGCUUCCGGCUGUUCCGCUGCCGCGACAAGACGCUGCGCGCGCGGCUGUACGCCUACGUCGUGACCGACAUCAAGACAGCCAACCGCAAGGCGCGCGACCAGCCGCUCAACCGCGCGCUGCAGAACCACGUCAUCCACAUCCUGCAGGAGCCGAGCUCGGUGGGCGCAAAGUACGCGCUGCGCGCGAUGAUCGAGCUGUACCGCAGGCAGGUCUGGCGCGACGCCAAGACCGUCAACGUCAUCGCCUCCGCCCUCUUCUGCCCCCACCCAAAGCUGCGGAUCGCGGCGCUGCACUUUCUGCUCGGCGCGCACGACGCGCCGCGCGACGGGGAGGACUCGGAGGAGGAGGAGCUUCAGGAGGCGCGCGGCGCCGUCUCCAAGCUGCGCGAGCAGCUCGGCGGCAAGGACGGCUCGCACGAGUCUCGCCCCGGCCGCUGCGUUCACAAAAAGAAGCGCAAGCUGCAGCGCGCCAUGCGCUCGACCAAGUCACGAGGCAAGGCGGAGGCCGCGGCCUCGCUGCAGGUAGCGCUGGAGGUACGGGAAGAAGUUUGGCAGCUGCAGCCGGUGCGCGCCGACGAGGCGCGAGAGGAGGUUGAUCAUCAGCAGCCGCACCUCGAGUCGUUCACACUCGGGCAGUGUGGACGACUCGAGGUGCGGCUGCUGAUGAUCAACCUCCUCUCGCGCCUCGUCGGCGCGCACCGGCUGCAGCUGCCAAACUUCUUCCCGUACCUCCAGCGCUACCUGCAGCCUCACCAGCGCGACAUCACGCUGCUGCUCGCCUACCUCGCUGACUUUGAGGCACAAUCAUCGGACGACGUCGGCGAGUUGAGUCGCGCUCGCGAUAGCCAGAUGACCUCUCAUACUAGUAUCAUCGGCCAUGGCCGCAUGAAGCGCGGGGGAGGGCGCUGGGAGCAACACGGAGCUCCGUUGGACGAGACAGCGGUUAAGUAG